AUGCAAAGAAAGUCGAACAUCCGAAAGGAUGAGGCAGAAAACCGAGAAAGCUAUCUUGGCAGGGGAAUAGUUCCAAUCUAUAACUUCUUCUACUGGGUCUUCGACCAGCCGAGUAUUCUCGGGUUGCAAACUCCGAUCUCGCCUGAAACUUCCAACGACGACCUAUCCUGGCUUUCAUACUGGCUUGUCUGCUUUGCACGACAACAGGGACAGUUCUUGGGUAUCCAGGAGUCUGCAGGGCUGCUCUACACCUUCUAUCUGAAUCCGAAAUACAACCAAGAAGCGGCGUUUUGGGAAAAGCCAGCAUCUGGUUGGCAAUCCUUCAAUCACUGGUUUUCGCGUGAGUGGAAAAACAUCAAUAGCACGCGGCCUAUUGAUGGUCUCUUGGAUAACCAUAUCAAGGGCGUGAAGUAUUACAACUGGCCCGUCAAAUACCUGUUGCAGACCACGGAAGAUAUUUGGGAUGAGGGCCACUUCACCCACUCUUUCCUGGGACCCACUGAUUAUCAUCGUCAACAUGCACCAGUGAGUGGUGAAGUUAUUGAGGCAAGAGUCAUCCAAAACCAGGUGUAUUUGCAGGUGACGAAGAACACUGCUACCGGUAGGAUCUAUGCGGAUCGUGCUAUGGUUCUUGCCCCAGCUGAAUUCAAGCGCCGACGAGGUGUGCGUGUUCAAUACGAGUCUGAAGGUGAAGAUGGUGAAGCUGGCAGCUCUCAAGACCCCAAGAGCGAGGACCUCGAUGCCCCAGACGAUGCUGGCUACCAGUGGUGUCAAACUCGGUGA